AAUCGUGGGUUACAACUGUGAAUUGCUGGAAUUAUAUUCUGGGAGAGGUGAAUGAGCAGGCAAAAGAGAUGAAGACACAUGUUAAUAUGGUGAAAGGAAGAGGUCCCAGCCGGGGGAACGGACAACAGGUUGUUUUUGAACUUAAACAACGUGUGGUUCUUGCACUGAACAAGCUUGCAGAUAGGGAUACUUACCAAAUUGGAGUUGAAGAGCUAGAGAAAAUAAUUGAAUGCUUAACCCCAGAUGGAGUCACUCCAUUUCUGUCUUGUAUAUUAGAUACGGACUCUGAGCAGAAAAGUUCUGUUCGUAAGGAAUCUAUCCGGCUGAUGGGCAUUCUGGCCAAUUUCCAUGAUAGUAUUGUUGUUCCACAUCUUGGGAAGAUGGUAGCCAGCAUUGUUAAGCGUCUCAAGGACUCAGAUACUGUUGUAAGAGAUGCGUGUGUGGAUACUGUUGGCAUUUUGGCUUCUAAAAUGAGCAGUGUUGCACGUGACAAUGAAAAUGAUGGAGUUUUUGUGGUGCUAGUGAGACCUAUUUUUGAAGCAUUGGGAGAGCAAAAUAAGCAUGUGCAAACUGGUUCGGCGCUGUGCUUGGCUCGGGUCAUAGACAGUAUUCAGAACCCUCCAGCUGUUAUUUUGCAGAAGAUGCUGGGUAAAACUGUCAAGCUGCUUAAGAAUCCACACUUCAUGGCAAAGCCAGCUGUUAUUGAAUUGAAUAGAAGCAUAAUUCAGGCUGGUGGUGCUAGUACACAUAGUGCUUUAUCAACUGCAAUGACUAGCAUUCAAGAAGGACUCAAGAACAGUGAUUGGGCAACAAGAAAAGCUGCAUGCGCAGCAUUAGGGGACAUUGCUUCAGUUGGUGGAGCAUUGUUCAGUGCUUUCAAAUCUUCCAGCAUCCGGACCCUUGAAUCCUGUCGAUUUGAUAAGGUGAAACCAGUCAGGGACUCGGCAUUGCAAGCUUUACACAUGUGGAAAAGGCUUCCUUGCCAUGGUACAUCUGAACCUUCCGAAGCAGGCUCUUCCAUAAAAGAAAAUCUGUAUAAAGAUGACUAUGGUGAUAUAACAAGUGCCAGUGAGUCAACACUGAAGGAUGUCACACCUAAGAAAUUUGGUUGUGACUCGGUUAAAAACAAGCUUCCCCUUUCUUUGAGAAAAGCAGGCCAUAACCAUGUUGAAAAGCCUCAGCAUUCCGGUGCUGAUGAGUGGCAUGUAGAAAUAGCAGUUCCAAAAACCCGUAAGAUCUUUAUGCCAGAAGUUAGGGAUGAAGAAUCAGAGGGUAGUUCUGUUACGAAGGCAUUUGAAAAAGGUGCUGGGACUAGAAGUUCUCAUGAUGUUGAAUAUGAGUAUGUGCACAUAGAUGACAAACAGGAAUGCUCUUCUGGGUCAAAUCUGUUUCCUGAUAACUUUCAACGCAAAGAAGUUGUGGGUUCUCAUGACGUAAUUGAUGAGGCCAGUUUGGGUACACCAUUGGGAACAAGUCGGCGUUCUGCAGUUGAAGAAAUCAGUAUUGAAGAACAACGGUAUUUUUCUGGAAUGCAGGACCGAAGAAGCUUAGAUUCAACUGUUACUGAUUUGAGUUCUCAAAAAUUGCAUGGCUGUUGUUCUCAAGUAGCCAAGGAAAUGUUAGCUGUCAGAAAGCAACUGUUAGACAUUGAAAAUAAGCAAUCCAAUUUACUGGAUUUAUUAAAGGAGUUCACAUCCAACAUUGUGGAUAACCUAUCAAUUAUGCAAAUAAAGGUAUCCAGUCUUGAAGGCAUGGUUGAUAGAAUGUCCAAGGAACUUUCUCAUGGGGGGAAAUUUCCUGAUCCAGCAACAACAAAAUUUAUGAAAAGAAGUCCUGCUGUUGCUUCGCCAAGACUCUCCACAUACACCCCAAGGCCAUCAGUUGAUAUACCUCAUAGGAAGUCUCCAUUACCACCCACCAAAGAAGUGGAGGUUCGGGGGGAUAGGACACUUGUGAAGAGCAGAUCUAGCAGUUUUAGAAAUCAAAAUCUAGACAUGUGGAUCGAUCCUGCUGCAAAACAAGGUGGAUAUUCUGUUGGAAAGGGCAUCCACCAAAAUAGUGGACAGGGAACACAUGGAGGACAAUUGAGGAGAAAUAAAGAUGUUAUUGGCAGAACUGCUACAACUAAUGACAAACAAAAUCACUUGGACGCCAAGAAUAACCUCUGGAGAGUUGUCAAAGGACAUCUGUUGGGUGCGGAUGUAGACUCUGCUUAUAUGGAAGCCCUUUAUUCUGGUGAUGAACUUCUUUUAUUUGAACUUGUUGAUACAACAGGGCCGGUUCUGGAGAAUUUAUCCCAAAAGACCGCAAAUGAUCUUUUGGCAACUUUGGCAUCAUACUUCUUUGAGCAAACAUAUGUGAAUAGCAUAAUUCCCUGGCUGCAACAGGUGGUGGAAUUGAGUUCUGUCCAUGGACCAGAUUAUAUUGUCCUCCCUACAAAUGCAAAGCGGGAAUUUCUUUCUGCAUUUCAGGAAAUGAUAAAGGGUGGAUAUUCUACCCCGGCAGAGAGAAAAUCUUUGAUGCAGUUGGCAAUGACGUUAAACCAGAUUUGGGGAAAAAAUGCACCAUAGCAUAUGCCAAAGAAAGUUGAAGUGAAUGGAUUUGCGGGGAAAUGAAUCUUGAUGUUUAGAAAGAGCUAUUCUUUUCUUUUAUCAACUUCUAGAGUGUCAAGACAGUUUCUGUUUUCAUGAAUCUGUGAUUUGUUUUUGUUCAUUUCUCAGUUUCCUUGACA